AUGGGUGAACUUGUAGAUCGCACCAGGGAUGCGUCCCAGACGAUAACCAACAAUAUCAACGUCUUCGGUACAAUUACCGACUCGGAAAACAAUCCGCUUCUAGGUGGCGAAUGCGGGAAGCGUUUAAUGCCCCAUGUCAUUGACGCAACGGCUAUCGCGACUCCAGAUGCUGAAUGCUUGUCCGUCCCCAGGACCUAUGGCAAGCCCAGCGAUGGCUGGAAGUCUGUUAGCUGGGCCCAAGUUGCAAAUGCUGUUAACUAUGUGGCUCGUAUGUUGAUUGAGCAGGCUGGGACGCCGAAGCCUGGUUCUUUCCCCACGGUUGCGUAUAUCGGCCUUGAAGACCCUCGUUAUGUGAUCCUUAUCAUGGGCGCAAUUAAGGCAGGCUUUAAGGCUUUCUUCAUCUCGCCACGGAAUUCCGUCGAGGCACAGGUUAACCUGUUCGAAAAGACGGACUGCAAUCUCUUAUACCAUGAUGAGACGAUGGCGUCAAUAGUGAAGCCAUGGGUUGCCGGACGCCCUGGGAUGAAGAGCGUCGCAAUUCCUUCAUGGGAUGACUGGGUGAACACGCCCGUCACCCCAUUCCCGUAUACAAAGACCUUCGCCGAGGGCGAAUGGGACCCAUUUGUGGUACUUCACACCAGCGGUAGCACAGGUCUACCUAAGCCAGUCAUUGUCCCCCAGGGCAGUUUGGCCCUCAACGACCUACAUCGCUAUGUUCCCGAUUAUAAUGGCGCUAUGCCGUGGUUGGCGACAUGGGGAGAAUUCGAUAAUCCACGAUACCUUUGCGUCUGUCCUCUUUUCCAUACCGCAGGAAUUAUGCCCACGGUUGUCUCGCAGUUCUACUAUAAAACUCCAGUUCUAUAUCGCGAUCCGUCAGUUCCCCUCACGGGCGAUAACGUGGUUGAGUGGUUGCAGAACUCCGGCGCAACAUAUACUGUGCUGCCUCCGGUGAUUCUGGAGCAAAUGUCUCGAUCACAAGUAGCGCUCGAUGAGCUGAAGAGGUUGCAAGUUGUGGCUUUUGGAGGAGGUCCAAUCGCGCCCGCUGCAGCGGCUUCAUUGCUUAGCAACGAAGUCAAACUGGUCGACGCCAUUGGAGCAACGGAAUACGCCUACAUGCCGUACUACCAGCAGCCAGACACAUCCCUCUGGGAGUGGUUUAUCGUCCCGACAGACUUGGUGGGUAUCGAGUGGCGGCCCUUUGGCGAGAACACCUAUGAGCAGGUCGUUGUUCGGAUGCACAAGGAUCAUCCAGGUCCGCAGGGGUGCUUUUAUGUUUUCCCAGAGCUUGAUGAGUACUGCACGAAGGACCUCUUCCGCCGGCAUCCCACUUUGCCAGAUCACUGGGCGUACGUGGGUCGCGCCGACGACAUUAUCGUAUUUUCCAGCGGUGAGAAACUCAACCCCACGACCAUCGAAGGAGCAGUGAUCGGACACCCGGGGGUUCUUGGCGCACAGGUUGUGGGUUCAGGACAUUUCCAUGCUGCUUUGUUGAUCGAGCCGGCGAAACCGCCGGCAGAUGAGCAGGAAAAGCAGCAGUUCCUCGACGAUGUUUGGCCAGUUAUCGAGAAGGUCAAUGAGCAGACCGUCGCGCAUGGUCGCAUUUUGCGUGACUAUGUCUUUUUGUCUGACCCAGCGCGACCCUUCCCACGAGCUGGUAAGGGAACCAUCCAGCGAGCUAUGGCUGUAAAGCUCUACGCGGAUGAUAUUCGCCGUAUCUUUGAAUCUAGCUCUGAUUCCAACGGUGCAAGUGUAGAGCUUGACUUCAGCUCAGAUGCAACCCUUGCAGAUGGUAUUCGGGAUUUGGUCCGAGAGACGCUGAAGUCGCCUGCACUCAGCAUUAAUGAUGACUUCUUCACUAUGGGCGUCGACUCGCUACAGGUUCUCCAGCUUGCCCGGGUACUGAGCGCCAGUGUUAAGAAUACUAUUGAGGCGAGAAGUAUCUACAGCUACCCAACCAUCGCCAAACUCAGCUCCUUCAUCAAUUCUCUUGCCGGAUCCAGCUCGAAUGGAGUCGCAGUUACCAGCACCGAGGCCGACACUCUCGCCCUUUGCUCCGCCCUUGUCGAAAAAUAUACGCAAGACCUUCUCUCCCCAACAGCCGAAAAACCCCUUCCCGCUACUACAAACCAGACUAUUAUCAUCACUGGCACAACUGGAGCUCUGGGCUGCUAUCUUCUGGACCUUGCCCUCGCAAACUCAGAAAUUACCAAGAUCUACUGCUUCAACCGAACCUCUGACGCACGCGAGCGCCAAAUCGCUGCAAGCAGGGCUCGCGGUCUCUCCAUCGACUUCCCAGAAUCCCGCGUGGAAUUCCUUACCGUCGACCUCUCCUCCUCGGCCACAUUCAACCUGCCAGAGGAGAUCGCAGCUCGCCUCACGAGCACAGUGGACCGCAUGAUCCACAACGCCUGGCCGGUGGACUUCAAUCAAUCCAUUGCAUCCUUCGAGCCGCACCUUUCUGGAGUCAGGCAUCUCAUUGACUUCGCCGCUGCCGCCACAAAGCGUAUUCCUAUCACCUUUGUUUCGUCUGUGAGCACAGUCGAACAAUGGCCCGAAUCAACCCUUAUCCCUGAGAAAUCACUCUCGGACUUUACUCAAGCAUCUCAGAUGGGCUACGGCCAAUCAAAGCUUGCCGCAAGUCUAAUCCUGGAUGCUGGAGCGACAGCAUCAUCUGUGCCAAGAAAUGUAGUCCGCGUAGGCCAGGUUGCUGGGCCUCGGGCUGAAAAGGGUCAAUGGAACCCACGCGAGUGGCUUCCAACUCUUAUUCGGAGCUCAGUAUUCCUUGGCCUUUUACCCAGCGAGCUUGGAUUACUGGGUAAUCUGGGAUGGGCCCCUGUGGAGGACAUUGCGGGUGUUAUUCUGGAGGUUACUGCCGGCCAAGAUGAUAAUGGCGGAUACUUCCAUGCUGUGAACCCGAACCUUCCAGACUGGGAGGGGGUCAUUGUUCCUGCCGUAACGGAGUUCUACGGAAGCCGGAUUGAGCGUGUUGUGAGCUUGCAGGAGUGGGUGGAGGCUUUAGAGAAGAGCGCAGCUGGAGAGGUGGAUCUGGAGAAGAACCCCGGUGUCAAGCUUCUGGAUACGUAUCGUUUUGCGGCUACAAAAGCUACUGAAGGCGAGACCAGCAUUUCAGGCUUUGCGACAGAGCGGACGGAGCAGGCGAGCGAAACUAUGCGGCGGAUGGAGCCGGUGACGGCAGAGCUUAUGAAGCGGUGGUGUCAACAGUGGCAGUUCUAG